AUGGCGCCUUUCAAAGCCCUUCUCUUGACAGCAUCGCUCUCUGUUGCUGCGCACGCCGCGCGUAGCGAGGAUACCGAAUGUCCAACCGGCUGGCUUCCCAACACCUUCAAGGUGACAAGAUGCUGCUCCGGAAACAUGGUCAUCGACAAUACAACCGCAUAUUGCUGCGUCUAUGACAUGAGAGGCUACAAAGAGGCUCUCACCAACACAGCACUGCUAUACGAAACCGCCACGACCACUACCACGGGCGAUCAUUACAGCGAAUGGGCCACGCUGGAAGACAGUUGCAUCGCAAGUGUCCCCUACACCCUGCCGGCCAGUGAAUAUUCGGCUCAGGUCUCUUCAGCAGCGAAGAAAGCUGAAGCUACUCCCACCAGUACCUCCGCGACUACCACCAACUCUGCGGCGACCUCCGAGACGACCUCCGAGGCGACCUCUGGCUCGGGUUCACAGGUCUCGACGUCGACUUCGAACGCGGCCAUGCCUCUUCCUACUGCUGGAGAUAUUGCAUUAGGAGGCGCGGCACUCGCUGCAGCUCUCUUCGUGCUUUAA